GUACGAGCGAGGUCGUAGCCAACACGCGAGCGCGCGCCUGAUUGUAGCACAUUCGGUCCGUGUACAUGGCGCGAAACGGCCGCGUCAUAAACCAUACUUUACGGCGUUCCGUGUUAAACAAAUAGUUUGUUAACUUUCGUGCUAACCUCACAGUGCCUCCGAUGCACUGUACUGUCUACAAAGAAAGUUUGCAUAACGACAGUGAUCAAUUAGUUUCACAAUGUGAUUAACAUGGAAAUAAACAAUUUCGUACAUAAUAAUUAAAACGCGUAACUUUGUAACAAAUCAAAAUGACUCAGUGUUUUUAAAAAAUUAAAGUGUUUGCAGCUAUAGUGUUCUUGACUAUUAAACAGUGGAAUGUGCGCUCUUAGGUCUGCUCAACCAGAUACGAGAGCAUAAAAAUAGAACAAUUCUAAGAUCCUGUGCUGUGGAUCUGAUAGUUAUCUAUUAUGGGAGAAGCUGAUGAUAGCAUCUAUUUGUUAUAAGUUACAGUGUAUACUCGUGAGCAAUAUGUCGAACAGCUGGGCACGGCGGCUUACUGCCGUGGUCACCAUAGUGUGCAUGAUCGUGGCCGUCAAAGCAGAAACUAAUUGUACAGAUGACCUACGACAGAAUGGCCCGAUUAUUAGUCCCUGUCAAAGCGAAAUCAUACUGGAAGCGGGGCAAAAUUUUACACUAACAUGUAGAGGAAAAACACCAUUAAAUUUUAAGCAACAAGAAGUACCCGAAGAAGUAAUCGGACCAUUUCGGAUAGAACAGAAAAACACGUCAGACCUGGACGACGAGUCCAUGUUCGAAACUGUGCUCGAGUUGUACAACGUUGACCGGUUUGCGAUUGGCUAUUACGCUUGUUAUGACGACACGGUCAACGGUAGCGACAUACUAAAUAACCUCACCGAAGAACCUAACAAUACCGAGCAUAUUGCCUUUAUAUACAUUUACGUAGCUGGCACUGAUAGCUUGUUUGCACCCUUGAGGGAAGUUAUUGUUCCAAGAAAACAAUGUAAAGUUGUUAUUGAAUGUAGACCAACGACCCCAGAUGUUGAAGUUAGCCUGACGUCGAUGUUUGCAGACAUAGUAUAUCAGCAAUAUAGUCCGAAAAUCGGGUUCAUCAUCGAUAGCGAAACGCUCUCGGAUCCUUUCAGAUCGUACUCGAUGUUUCACGCUAUCAACUGUGACUUUUCUAAUGGACCAGACAAUCGGAUAGAGAAACCAGUUCUUUUCCAACAUGUUAGGGUUCCCCCGGUUCCUACAAUACACCGAAGUACUCCAUUAUUUUUGAAAGGAGAAAAUUUUACAUUAAGUUGUUCGGUUGCUUAUCAACCUGAUACGGUUGUCAACUUGUAUUGGGUAAUGCCUACUAAUGUAAGAAAGGAUUCAGUUAUAGCUUCUUCAAAUGAUAAAGAGAUUCAUGAAACGUACUAUAAGAAUAUUACUAUCAUUAAUGCGACAAAGGAUCAUGGAGGCAAUUACACAUGCGUGGCCAAAAACAAUUGCGGUGAAAAGUCAAAGUCCUUUGUCAAACAAUUUUUACCCGAAGCUCGUCUAAAAUUGACUCCGUUGAAUAGAAAAAAUCCAAUAAUAACGAAACAGAGAAUAGUGAAGAUCAACACUGAGUUAGAGGAUUAUCCCCCGGCGAAUUUUUAUUUUUUACGCAAUAACGUGUCGUUGCCACAAAAUAAUAAAUUCGACUUCUAUCGACACCCUCAAACUGCUGACGUAAUUUUAUCAAUAAAAAACACAAAUGUAUCAGAUUCUGCUAACUAUACUUUAGUCGUUAGUAAUGGGUACUUGAAAAAAAAUCACACCUACGAAUUGUUAAUUAAAGCUAAACCAACUAUCGACUUUGGGCCUAAAGUCGAUAAGAAAUAUGAACAGAACACGCAGGCAUCCUUGCAGUGUGUAGUGACAGGAUAUCCACUGCCAGAGGUCACUUGGAUAUUUUCUAAUGGAGAAGACCAGACGAUGCCGAGUACACAAAUAUACAUGCACUCUAAGUAUCAAGAAACAGCAAUUCUAGACAUACCGGUGCAUGCAUCUGGCGACAUAUCUUGUAAGGCAUCUAACAGUGAAGAUACAGCGGUGGAAACAAGGAGACUUCUCGUUUAUGAGAUUCACAAUGGAUUUGGUAUAAGAAAUCGAGAGAAAAGUUGGUUUUCGGAAAAUGAGGACGUUACUAUCACAUGUAUUGCGUCCAUAUAUGACUUUUAUUCUGUAACUUGGUUGGGCCCAGACGGUGAAGACCUAAGAGGAACGAAUGCUGUGGAAUAUACGAAUAGUUCGUUUUCGCUCUUGGCCAAAUUGAAGUUUUCACAAAUCUCAUUGAAUCACAGCGGUUUGUACACUUGUCAAGGAUCGAAGCUAAACAGCUCCAAUACUGAGUCCGAAGAUAUCAACAUUACAGUUGCUCCUCUUCAAUCACCAAUUAUAAAAAUACCAGAAGAUGAUCAGGCCAUAGAAGUAGUGACUUAUCAAGAGGUAGAGCUGACUUGUCAAGCCGAGGGUGUGCCGCCGCCUAAAUUAGAGUGGCACAAGGAUGGCGUUUUGAUGGACAAUGAAACAAAUGCAAAAAUUUACAUUCAUGAGAUCAAUCGUACUAUAGUGAACUCAUCGAUUCGAAUAGAUCGGCUGCUAGAAGAAAACCAAGGAACCUAUGAAUGUUUAGCUAUCAGCGCUGGACUCACAGCAACCCGUCUCUAUACGGUUGCAUUGAAAGCAUCGUCCUACGAAUUAUAUUUGAGCAUUAUUCUUGUCGUCAUUUUUGUUUUAAUCAUCGUGGUUCUGUACCUCAUGUGGAGAGUCAGAAAGGAUACUCAAUUCAGAAAAGAAUUGAAGGCAUCUGGUCUUCUGUACUUCAAUGAAGGAGCUACAAAAUCGCUGAACCCUGAUCUGGGCAUUGACGAACAAGCCGAUCUGCUGCCAUAUGACGAAAAAUUUGAAUUUCCUGCCGAUAAAUUAAUUCUUGGUAAACAGCUCGGUGCAGGUGCAUUUGGCGUAGUGUACAAGGCGGACGCACGUGGUAUCAUUAACGCUGAAGAAACAACCGAGGUGGCUGUGAAGAUGGUUAAGAAAACGGCAGACAACAUGUACAUCAAAGCAUUGGCCUCCGAACUAAAAAUAAUGGUGCACUUGGGCAAACACAUAAACAUUGUGAACCUACUCGGAGCGUGCACGAAGAAUGUUGUGAAACGCGAGUUGAUAGUGAUUGUAGAAUAUUGCAAGUUCGGUAAUAUCCACAAUUACAUGCAGAGGCACCGCGAGGUGUUCAUUGAUCAGCUCACUGACAACAAGGAGAAGAAUCUAGGAAGAGUCAACAGAGGAUUCUCUAGCAGCAGUGGAAGUACUGGUGCACACUCGGACUAUUUUGCUUCAUGCACACAGGACACCGACCAUACAUUUGUCAACACGGCUAAUACUAACCGAUCGACAAGAAAAGACAAUCAAAAUCAGCAAGUGGAGUUCGUAAAAGUAUCCGAAGGCUAUGUACAACCAGAAUGGCGUACAAACUACGAGAGUGACUACAGUUUCGAUGGACGCAACCCUCGCCCUCUUACCUCUCGUGACCUGCUCGUGUGGGCCUUCCAGAUCGCUAGAGGCAUGGAGUAUCUUGCUAGCAGAAAGGUCCUUCACGGUGAUUUAGCAGCAAGAAACGUAUUGUUAGCUGAAGACAACAUUGUGAAGAUUUGUGACUUCGGUCUCGCUCGAAGCAUAUAUAAAAACGAUGAAUAUCAAAAGAAAGAAAACUGUCUCCUGCCUGUCAAGUGGCUGGCCAUCGAGUGUAUGACGGACCGCAUAUUCUCCACCCAGUCAGACGUGUGGUCAUUCGGCAUCGUGCUGUGGGAGCUGUUCUCCCUGGCCAAGACACCCUACCCGAAUAUCAGCCCCGCUCAUUUACUGCAGUGGCUUUCUGAAGGCAAACGUCUAGAGAAACCACCGUAUGCAGAUGAUCGGCUGUAUAACGUGAUGAUGAGGUGCUGGGAACAGAAACCAACGAGCAGGCCUUCCUUUUCUCAGUUGCAAGAAAUACUCGGCGGUUUCCUAGAGGAUAAUGUGAGAAAUCACUACGUCGACCUAAAUACGGCAUACAUGGACACGAAUGUGAAGCCUGGCGGUGAGGAUUACCUGGCCAUGGUUUGCGCGCCAGACUACAAUAACCUGGUCACUCCAAGUCCACACCACUACGUCAACGACAGGAGUUUCUUCCCCACCACUCCCACACAGAUAGACGAGGAAGGCUAUCUACAGAUGAGUCCCGCAUCAAGGCAGAACAUAUUCAGCCCUCGAGCUCAGGACAUGAAGUUCGACUUCGACUCUCGCAAAUUUAACCCGAGGGUAUCGGAAGCAAGUAGCUGUGGUUCAGAACUAACGCCAAUGCUUACUCUGAACAAUUUGCCAGCUCGAAGCGGCUCGGAGUCCGACCACGAAGGCAACGCGUCGCCCUACCUCAACAUGUGUCCCAGAAUAGACGAGGAGGCAGACGACGUGUUCGAGACGAACCAAAACAAUGCAAAGAACGCGCUGAACACGGCGCACACGAACCCCACGUACAUCUCGUUGGACGUCGACAUCGAGAAGAAGCCGAAAGAUAUUAUUAACUCGUAUAUUAACGUACCGAACGGUCUAGUCAAAUAAUUUCAUUUUGUGUACCAGAAUAAGCUAAUCUCAUUUACUAAUAUAUUAUAGUAUCUACUUAUAUAUAACCUGCAUGAAUGUUACUAUUACUUUGCUGUUAAUUUUGAUCUCUGUAUUCUCUUGAUGAAGUACUAUUUUUCUUUCUUAAUUUUCUUUUACGUAAAUUUCUAUUUUCUUUUCUCUUACGUAAAUAAUUGUUUUGUGUCUCAAGUGUUUAUUUCAUUUAGGGAGCUUAUUUGUUGUAUCCUCAUUCAUGUUAAUAGGUUUGUAUCGUAGAUGUAUUGUAUGUACAGAAAUGUUUACUUUUUGUGUAGACUGAAUGAUGUUGGUGACUUACUGCUUCAGCGUGAACUAGUCUGUCACCUUUGAAUAAUUGAGAUUCGGCAUGUGAUGGGUGGUCAGCCUUAAAACUAAGUAGAUACGGUUAUGUUACAAUUACACGGAAUAUUCCGCUAUCGGUAAAUCUUUAUUUUCGAUAGUACCAUUUUAAGGAAUUGUGAAAAAGUACCCAUGUCUAAUAAGUAUGGAGAGCCACACAGUCAUGUGUCGGAUAAAGUGAUAUUUUAAUAUAGGUCAUGUCAUUGGACUCGAUAGUAUGAAUGUAGUCAGUAUCUAGACGUUCUGCGAAGCCCACCAGUAAUAUAAAUGUGAAUAUUAUGUUUUAAAUAUUCUUAUUUCUACCAAUACAUUCCUAUAUAUUUUUCUUUUGAAUUGAAACAGUCUUAUGAAUUAAUGUACCUUUAUGUUACAAGAUUUUGUUUUAUGAAUGUAUGUAUAGUAUUUCCCAUAUUCUAGGUGAUAUUUAUAAAAUGUUAUGUUCAGAACCAGAUGGAAAUGCUUUAUGUCUGUAAUUUAGACUGGAUUUAUAAGUACACAAUUUGUUUUUUCUAUGACGUAUAACUACAAUGUGUAGGUAGUGUUUACUUAAAAGUAAUGGGAUUUCCAGUUAUUGUAAAAACUUCAUAAUGAAAAGAAAAGUUUUUAAUUUAACUCUAAAUACUUGUCAUAUUAUAAAUACAGAAAGAAGCAUAAUGAUUAAAUCUAUUUCAGCUACGUAAUUUAAGUAAAUAAUAUAUUUUAAUAAUAUAAAAUUGAGUAUGUAUAUUUAAUAGAAAACUAGGAAUAUUUUGGCGAUCCACAAAUCGACUUAUAUACCAAAUAUUGUAUAUUAUAUUGACUGUUAUGUAUGGUAUUGAUCAUUGCUAAAAACUUACUAUAAUUUAAGCUGUGACUUCCAAUUUAUAGGUACUUUCCAGUACAUAUUUUUGAAUAAGUAGAAAUCUGUUGUUUUUGAUCAAAGUAUAUUUUUGUUGUACAAACUAUGUAGAUGCCAUAUAUUAAGGAACUCAGUAAAAUAAAAACGAAAAUAUAUCAAUGUGAUAUUAAAAUAAUUUUA